UAAAAAAAUUAAAAAAAAUAGUCUAGAAUCCAUCAUCGCCUCCUAUACUUUCUCUUUUUGGAGUUUCUGCAAAUAAAGAAAAAUAAAAAUAUCAGAGCAUCUACGUCUUUUCCAUGUCCAUUGGCGACUAACCAUGACGACCGUUGCCAUAGAUUCUCUUCUCCCAAAGCCGGGGCUAUCGUUUCGUCCCAAGGCCAACGUGUUGCUCAAGCCGUCUCGCUCGUUGAAUUGCUAUCGAAAUCCAAAGCUUCUCUUCUCCCGCGGGGCUUGCUCCUGUAGCUUCAAGCCUGGUCGGAGGAUUCAUGUCGUCGAAGCCAGCUCCACUGAUGCAGCUGUUAUCGACACCUUCGAAGCUUUCUCUUCCGGUGACGUCUUGUACAAAGAGACUUUUCCCGUCAAGCGAAUUGAAAAGGUGGAAGGAAAAAUUUACAUCAGGUUAGAUCAAUCAGAAGAUCAGAAGAAUUGGCAGCUUGCAGUAGGAUGUAGUCUUCCAGGAAAGUGGAUUCUUCAUUGGGGAGUUUCUUAUGUUGGUGACAGUGGCAGUGAAUGGGAUCAACCUCCUAAAGACAUGAGACCUCCUGGUUCAAUUCCCAUUAAAGACUAUGCAAUUGAGACUCCCUUGAAGAAACUCUCUAAAGGAGAUAUGUUUCAUGAAGUAAAGAUUGAGUUAAAUCCCAGCAGUGCAAUUGCAGCUAUACAUUUUGUCCUGAAGGAUGAAGAAACUGGAGCCUGGUAUCAGCACAGAGGCAGAGAUUUUAAGGUGCCUCUUGUGGAUUACCUUGAGGAUGACGGCAAUAUGGUUGGAGCAAAAAGAGGCUUUGGUAUAUGGCCAGGUGCUCUGGGGCAGUUCUCUAACAUGCUACUUAAAUCAGAAACAUCACAAGCUAAUGCUCAAAGCAGUAGCAAAGAGUCCAAAGACUCUAAGAAAGAGAAUAGGCAGCUUGAAGGGUUCUAUGAGGAGCAGUCUAUUGUAAAAAAAGUUCCUAUGGGUAACUUUGUGAGUGUUGCAGUUAGAAAGUGUUCGGAGACAUCCAAGAAUAUUCUGUAUUUAGAAACUGAUAUACCCGGAGAUGUUUUAGUUCACUGGGGAGUUUGCAGAGAUGAUGUGCAAACAUGGGAAAUUCCUGCUGCCCCGUAUCCACCAGAAACAACUGUAUUCAAGAACAAGGCUCUACGCACUCAAUUGCAGCCAAAAGGUACAGGAAAUGGAUCAAGAGCAUCAUUCACUUUAGAUGAAGACCUUGUUGGAUUUCUCUUUGUCCUCAAGCUGGAAGAUAAUACUUGGUCGAAGUUUAAAGGAAAUGACUUCUUCAUUCCCCUCUCAGGUGCGACUAGUGUUGUGGGUCAACUUGCUCAAUCUGACAGUGUAAGUGAAGAAAUCUCUAGUAAAGCAUAUACUGAUGGUAUCAUCACUGGGAUAAGGAACUUGGUUAGUGGCCUUAACUCUAAGAAGAGUCAGAAGACCAAAACAAAGGAAGCACAAGAAAGCAUUCUUCAAGAAAUUGAAAAGCUAGCUGCUGAAGCCUAUAGCAUCUUCCGGAGCUCCAUUACUACCUUUUCAGAGGAGGCUGUUUUGGAAAUUGAGGCACCGAAACCUGCUGUUAAGAUAUCCUCUGGAACAGGCACAGGGUUUGAAAUAUUGUGCCAAGGUUUCAACUGGGAAUCUCAUAAAUCAGGAAGAUGGUAUAUGGAACUCAAAGAAAAAGCUUCUGAAAUAUCUUCACUUGGCUUUACUGUGAUUUGGCUACCACCACCAACAGAGUCUGUCUCACCUGAAGGAUACAUGCCAAAGGAUUUGUAUAAUUUAAAUUCCAGAUAUGGAACUAUUGAUGAGUUGAAGGAACUUAUAAAGAGCCUCCAUGAAGUCGGUUUGAAAGUUCUCGGUGAUGUUGUAUUGAACCAUCGCUGUGCACACUAUCAAAAUCAAAAUGGUGUAUGGAAUAUAUUUGGUGGUCGCUUAGAUUGGGAUGAUAGGGCAGUAGUUGGAGAUGAUCCUCAUUUUCAGGGCAGGGGCAACAAAAGUAGUGGAGAUAAUUUCCAUGCUGCUCCCAACAUUGAUCAUUCACAAGAGUUUGUGAGGAAGGAUCUCAAAGAAUGGUUAUGCUGGCUGAGAGAAGAAAUUGGUUAUGAUGGAUGGAGGCUGGAUUUUGUCAGAGGAUUCUGGGGUGGUUAUGUAAAGGACUACUUGGAUGCAAGCGAACCAUACUUUGUGGUGGGUGAGUAUUGGGAUUCCCUCAACUACACAUAUAGUGAAAUGGACCACGACCAAGAUGCCCAUAGACAGAGAAUUGUCGACUGGAUUAAUGCUACUAAUGGAGCUGGUGGUGCAUUUGAUGUCACAACCAAGGGAAUUCUUCAUUCGGCACUUGGAAAAUGUGAAUAUUGGCGAUUAUCGGACCAGAAAGGGAAGCCUCCUGGGGUUGUUGGAUGGUGGCCAUCUCGUGCUGUUACGUUCAUAGAGAAUCAUGACACUGGUUCUACCCAGGGUCAUUGGAGGUUUCCAGGUGGAAAGGAAAUGCAAGGAUAUGCUUAUAUAUUGACUCACCCAGGAACCCCGGCUGUGUUCUACGAUCACGUUUUCUCUCAUUAUCGAUCUGAAAUUGCUGCUCUUAUCUCUCUCAGAAACAGAAACAAAAUCCAUUGUCGGAGUACGGUUAAAAUUGUCAAGGCCGAGAGGGAUGUAUAUGCAGCCAUUAUCGAUGACAAGUUAGCAAUGAAGAUUGGACCGGGUUCUUAUGAGCCUCCAAGUGGAUCCCAGAGAUGGUCCUCAGCUCUCGAGGGGAACGGUUACAAGGUCUGGGAAUUAUCAUAAUGUAAACCGCAGGCAUUAUUUAUGUUGCCGACUGUGUAUAUCAUGUAGAACCCUCCACCGUGAAGCUCUCUCUCAUUCUAUCUUAAAAACAAGUUGAAGAAUGUCGAACCGGUAUAGUUUAUUUGUUCUGUACUGCGGACCGAUGUUCAUGUCAUUCUUGUGUGUACCAUUUUUUACCUGAAACGCAUGGGGUACUCGACUGAGGGGCUGGGCUAGACUAGGUGACCAUUUGAGCCAGUUAGCUAAUGUUGAAGUGGGAAAUAUGGUAUUAGACCUAGGAAAGGAGAUGUGUACCCUUAUACAUUAUAGUUUACAUUAUAAUGCCUCACGAGUCUUGAGAAUAAUAUUGGAAGGGCAGUUUCUUAGUUACCUCCUGCCAAAUCUGUACCUUUUUUGCUAGAACAUGACUUGUUGCAAAUUGGGAUGCUUGUUGUAUUUGUAUUAUUAUUGGUUUCUUAUGAAAUAAAAUCCUAUUUAUGUCAUUCCCAA